AUGUCUGCUCAAUAUCGUGCGGGCUGCGCUCUGGAGCCAGCCCGCUCCUCACCGUCUUUUGGAUUUCACAAUUUGCAUAGACCUGUGCAGCCAGCAGCAGAUCUCGUCGUGUUCCGCAUGGAUCGAACAGAUGCCCGGAUGCUCGCACCUUGUGACACCACCAGCCAAAGAGGCCCCGCCUCGCAGAGCAGUUUCGAGACUUUGCCUGUCGAGGUCGUCAACCACAUCCUCUCGUACCUUGUUUCUCCUCGAUCUCGGCUACCAGGACUCACAGAGACUCAGAGCUCACUCGAAUUCAAUGCCUUGGCAAGGUUGACCUUGAAGAAGAGCGAGGAUUUGACCGCCCCCGCCGACAGCGACCGAUGGGCCACCAACCUCUUCGAGAACCACACGAAUCAACAUCCGUUUCAUACGCUCUCACUCACGUCGAAACGAUGCAACGAGCUGGUGGAAAGUUACUGCGGUCAUCUGGUCAGGGCCUGCAACAUGUUCAACCUUCCUUUUGCACAGUUCGACAAGUACGGGCCGCAGUCAGUGUGGCCUGACAUGAGCGGUAUCGUGUACCGGAGGCUGUGGCUUCAGCACGCGCCCAGACACUGUAUUUAUUGUCAUGCUGUUAUGGAUAUAUAUCCUUUCACGACACUGAAGCGACUUUUGACGAAUUGCAAAGCCUGUUUCUACGCCCAGACUCUAUCUCUCGAUGAGAUUGAAAGACAGUACCACUUAUCACGUGCCACUGUCCUCGCCUCGCCAUUCAUCAGAGGAACCCAGCACUCGUUCUGGUUCCUGCGCGUCGAUGUAGAGGCGGUGGCGUUGCAGCUCUACGGGACCCGAGCCUUCCACGAGGCUCAUCAAGAGCAAUUUGGCAGGCCAUGCUCCAUUUGUGCUAUCACAAAAUUCACGCCUUCUCAGCGGGGCACAAGGCACAAGUCGACCCAGAAGAGCGAACGUCGCAUCGUGAACCAAAGGAAGAAGACCCGACGUACACUACGCAUUCCUCGUACUCCACUCGACAACGACGCCUAUUGAAAAUUCGCGUUCUCCCUUCUUCUCUUCUUUGGCGUUGGUCCUCGCUUUUCAUGCUGGCAAAAUUUAUCUUCUCCUUGUGUUUGUCCAGUGCGUAUGUAAAUGCCCCUUGCUUGGACAGUUCUUUCUUACCACAUCUUGCUCUUUUGUCCCUAUUCUGUUUAAAGAUUCAGCGGCCCCUUCCAACAUGUGUUCUCAGCACAAUGGAUUUACUUAAUUGCUGAGUUAUAGAAGGGGCAAAACUUUUCGGUCUGUCAAAAUACCCCGACUACCAACAUUACGUAGUUAUGAACCCAUCACGAUAUAUGAGCAGUAUAGCCUAAGCUUUGCAACACUCAGUAGCUUGACUGAAAG